AUGGUUAAUGUCAGUAACCCUAUCCUCAUAGACCAAAAGCACUGCCCGUAUCCUCAGUGUGACCAAAAGCCUCUGUUGAAAGUUGAGAUCAGCAAUGUCAGCUUCAAGAACAUUAAGGGCUCAACUUUCACUCCAAUUGCAGUGAGGCUUGUAUGUUGCAGUGGUGUACCAUGUGAGAAUGUGGAGUUGGCUGACAUUGGUCUCGCCUAUGUUGGAGACAAAGGCCCCCUUAGCUCCCUGUGUUCUAAUGUCAAGCCCACAAUUAUUGGCGUGAUAAGUUCCGUUUCUUGUGAUACAUCGUCAUUGAUCUCACCGGAGAAAGUAGUAAUUAUUGUUGUACUAGCGGAAGGACAAGUAGACCAUGUCUUCAUUCUUACGCCAUAA